AUGCCAGAAACGUAUAAACCCUCCCUCGAUACAAUUGAGAGGAUAUUGGACAAGACCCACUGCAACGAUGUUACCCCAAAUAUAGUACCAGUAUUCCGGGAACUAUCAUCUGAUCUUUUGACAGUUUCAGAGGCAUAUCUUAAGAUAUGUAGUCAAGCGAAAUCUAAGUAUACAUUCCUUUUUGAGAGUGCAGCGACUGAAAAUAUCGGGCGUUAUACGUUCAUGGGUGCAUCCCCAUGGAAAGUUUUAAAAACGGGGGAAGGACAUGGAGAUUCCGUGGAUCCUUUACCUGCUCUUGAGUUAGAGCUAUCUAAAAGACGGAUCGCUCAAGUUCCGGGAUUACUGUUGCCUCCUUUAACCGGCGGCGCAAUCGGAUACGUUGGUUACGACUGCAUCAGGUAUUUUGAGCCGAAAACAGCGAAACCGAUGAAAGACAUUUUGAAAGUUCCUGAGUCUCUCUUCAUGUUUUUUGACACGAUAGUGGCGUUUGACCGACUGACGGAACAGAUGAAGGUUAUAACCUACCUUCAUGUUCCCGAAGACCUAUCGAUGUUGCCAGAUGCAUACAAAUCUGCCCAAGAAAUAAUUGACUCUGUGGUCAGAACUUUGAUUGCUCCCGGGAAGGUACUACCGGUACAAGACUCUAUCGUACUUGGCCAUCAGUAUACAUCCAACAUCGGACAGGCAGGAUAUGAGCAGCAUGUUCAAACUUUAAAAAAACAUAUUGUACAGGGAGAUAUUAUUCAAGCAGUUCCAUCUCAACGCAUCGUUCGUCCAUCUUCUCUUCAUCCAUUCAACAUUUACCGAGAGUUACGAGCUGUUAACCCCUCUCCGUAUCUAUUCUACAUCGAUUGUGAUGAUUUCCAGAUCGUAGGCGCUUCACCAGAGCUGCUUGUCAAGAAAGAGGCAGGUCGUAUUAUAACUCAUCCAAUAGCAGGGACAGUCAAAAGAACUCACGAUCCUGAUGAAGAUAAAAUUCUUGGUGAUCUGUUGCAGAAUUCUGCCAAAGAUCGAGCUGAACAUGUCAUGUUGGUGGAUCUCGCAAGGAAUGAUAUUAAUCGAGUCUGUGAUCCACUUUCAACCACAGUUGAUCGACUGAUGACAGUGGAAAAGUUCAGCCACGUCCAACAUCUUACCUCACAGGUUUCCGGGGUGUUAAGACAAGGGAAAACUAGGUUUGAUGCGUUUCGAUCUAUCUUUCCAGCCGGAACAGUGUCUGGAGCCCCGAAAGUAAAAGCUAUGGAACUCAUCGCACAACUAGAAAAAGAAAAGCGAGGGGUUUAUGCUGGUGCCGUCGGGUACUUUGGCCACAAUUCAGUAGACACUUAUGGAAACGAGACCGAAGGUGAAAUGGAUACUUGUAUUGCAUUGAGAACUAUGGUAGUUAAAGCCGGACAAAUAUAUUUACAAGCAGGCGGCGGCAUUGUGUUUGACUCUGACCCCACUGAUGAGUACGAAGAGACAAUGAAUAAGGCUCGCUCAAAUAUAACUACUAUUACGCGUGCAGAGAGACUUUACUCUAGCCCUAAGUCAUCUCAAGGAAUAAGUUAA